AUGUGUUGUGGGACCCAUCCAAUGGUUAGGGUCCUCGCUAACAGCAAACCCGCCGCCGCCGCCGACUCUGCCCCGUCCAACCCCGACAAAAGCGACGCCGAUUCUUCCGGCAACGAACCCGCCGGUGAAGAUGAUAACGGGUCGAAACCGAUUAUUCUGGUUACUAACAGCGAUGGGAUUGAAUCGCCGGGAAUCUCGUUUUUGGUCGAUGCUCUCGUUCGUGAAAGCCUCUACAAUGUCCACGUCAUCGUCCCUCAAUCUGAUAAAUCGACAUCGGGGCAUUCGGUGUCUCUGAAGGAGACAGUCGAGGUAGCUUCGGUUGAAAUUAACGGUGCCGUUGCUUAUGAAAUUUCCGGAACUCCGGUCGAUUGCGUCUCGUUAGCGUUAUCCGGUGCUCUGUUUUCAUGGUCAAAGCCUCUAUUGGUAAUUAGUGGUAUUAACAAGGGUUCGAGCUGUGGGCAUCACAUGUUUUAUUCGAGUGUUGUUGCUGGAGCAAGAGAAGCACUAAUUAACGGUGUGCCGUCGAUAUCAAUUUCGUUAAACUGGAAAACCGAUGGAAGUGCGGAAAAUGACUUCAAGGAUGCUGUGACUGUGUGCUUACCGAUAAUACGUGCAGCCAUAAGAGAUAUAGGGAGGGGGGUUUUUCCUAAAGGUUUUUCGUUGGACGUACAAAUUCCGACAUCGCCCUUGGCUAACAAGGGAAUCCAGGCAACGAAGAGAAGCCUUUGGAGGUCAACGCUUUGCUGGCAAGCCAUUUCGAGCACUAGGAAUCAGUCUGCUUCUCGUUUCACCGGCUCUCAGCCAGGCCUCGGCAUGCAGUUUGCAAUGCUCGGCCGCGAUGCCUCCGCUGCUGUGUGUACUCUUUUUUUUUUAAAGCUGAAAUGCAAGUUCGACUAA